AUGCUUAUUCCUUUUACAGGUUGCAGUCCUCGUUUUGCUGGGAGUCUUCUGGGCUCAGACUUCUGCACUGAACACCUUUGUGCUGCGGGAGCCUGGCAGUAACUAUGUCACUGGGACCAUGACCAUCCACAACGAGGAGCACGUCGUCGACGUCCACGUCCGCUCCGGCAUCUACUCCUCCGAUACCAUUUUCGACUACUCCCGUGGGUAUAUUGCCACCAGGCUGUUCUCCCGAAAUGCCUGCUUUAUCAUGAAGAUCAAAAAGGAAUACAUCCCCGAGCUGCGCGAGAUCGGACGGCUGGCGUUUGAGAAACGGACCAUGAAGGAUGUUUACUCUCCAAAUAAUGUGUGGACCCUGUUUCAAACUGGCAGUUCUGUGCUGGGGCGUUUGAAGGACUGGAUUCUCUAUGGCAAACACAUCGAAAAGCUCUGCUCGGGGCUGCCCCUCUACCAGCUCACAGCCACUGAACCACAAGAGAACACUGAUGGCUGUGCCAGUGCAGGAAUUCCGAGUAUUUUGGGCAUUAACAUCUGUGAACAGCUCAUUGCAACUGGAUCUUGACAUUCCUGCUGCUAGGAAUUGCCUGGUUUCUUUGCAUGCUUUUCUGAUGGAGACCAUGUUCUCCAGCUGGAACAGAGCUCGGGUAUGAGGCUCAACUUGCCUAUUCAAGGCUUUGAUGUAUGACAAAGCUAUGAUAUACAAAUAAAGAUAAUGCUUUAAUAAUCGA